CCCUCACUCCCCACUGCACGCGGGAGGCCGGGGCGGCACCAAGGGCGGGCUCUCCGUGAGUUCUCCCAAAGUUGGCGGGGCGAGCUCCCCAGCCAAGCCGCUCCUUUGUGGAGGGGCGGGGAGAGGAGACGGCUCCGCCUGCCGGUGUUUAAGGAAGGGGCGAAAGCAGCAGCAGUCCCUGUGUCUAAGCCCGGCACCCAGCGCACGCAGUCCGGUUGCGGGGCAGCGGGGCCGGACGCGGGACUGGCCCUCGGCCGGGCUGUCGCGGAGGAAGCGGCCGGCGCGGAGCCUCUGCCCGCUCCCGGGGCCGGCUGCCGGCGCCUCUGCAUAGAAAUACCCGGCACAGAAUUCCCACCUGAGCAACCGAGAGAGUUUCGUUCUCUCUCGUUUUCCCUCUCCCGCAGGUGUUAACAGCGGUGCGGCUUAUUGCUCUCUCAGCAGUGUUCCAGGAGCUGCAGCCUGGUUUCAGUCCCGACUCUUGAGGAUGAUGGAAAAGCCAUCCUGCCUGUGCGUGGAUCUGUGCACCGGUACCUGCCAGAGCAAGGGUCGGAGGAAUUCUGCCGGCUGCCUCUGGAGAGCCAGCUGUGUGCAGUAGUGCAUAUGGUGUGCUUCUGGGACACUGAGGUGAUCACGAAAGGAGCAAGCAAAAAAUAAUGGAGAAAGUAGCCAGACUAUCAGGGGAGUCCUUUCAAGGAAUCCAACACUCCCCUCCUCCUCCUGACAAGGUAAGCUCCACACCCAUCUCGCAUGUCCAGUGCUGCCACACAGCUAAUAAAGAUUCCUGUAGCUCUCUGUUGCCAAGAUGUCCAGUAACACACUGUGCUGUUUGUGCAUGGAGCCCAGCUCCCUGCUGCACGUCCUUGAUCCCCCCAGCCAAAAGGAAUUUCACUGGUCCCUCCUCGGAGGCUUCCCGUGUCCUGAGGGGGGCUCGUGUGCUGGCAAGGAGAGAAGCUGAUGGCUGUUACUACCUGGGGCACGUUGUCCAGGAGGGCUCCAGGGAAGGCUUUUUAAUUGAGUUUGACCAAAGUUGUGCUCCGAAGGGCAAGGUCCAACUUGGCCGGCAGGAGACGCCUCUCUAUGACCUUGUGCAUUAUGAAGACGCCCGGCGGCAGCCGCUUGCUCCAGGGGACAGGGUCUUGGCACCAUGGGAGGCUGCAGCCAAACGUUUUGGCCCUGGCACUGUGCUAAGGGUUGUGGAGAACACAGAGGCACCUUUAGGCACAGCGCACAAAGAAAGGAGAGUGCUUGUGAAUUUCUGGAAUGGGCAGACUAAGGAGGUGCCUUCUGUCCAAGCUCUGCGGAUUCCCCUGGCCCUGAGCGAACGCAUCAUCCUGGAGCUGCAGAUGCCUUUGGCAGCCAGGCAGAUGGUGGUGGAUUCAAGCUUGGAUUACCCAUACCUUGUGGCACCAGGUUACAGAGCCUCAGGGCACUGCAGACAGGCCCACGUGGAGCUGGGUUGCUGCCCAGGGGCUCUGUAUUGCCCCCAUCCCUGUGCAGAGUGCAGCUGGGGGUGUACCUCGCCUCCCCAGGGCUGCCUUGCAGCCUGGGAUCCCACACGGCCUGCAGAGUGCAGAGUGCAGCAGGAAAACGCCUUCAUCCCGGGGGCAAGCUUGACUGAAGACAAGCUCAGCAAGAAAAUAGAACAGGAGCUGUCUGAAUUGAGGAUUGCAUCUUCAGAAAGUGUUUCUAGAGAGGAAGAGAAAACGGAAGAGAAGAUACUGGAGACAGACAACAUUCUGAAAGAUGUUAGGUCUUGUUUGGAAGAGGACCGUGAGGUUAUAGAAACUGAGAAGGGCCCUCAGAGGGAGAUGGCUCGUGCUGUGGUUGAUGCUGCUGUCAACACAGACAGCUGGCUAAUGGAGACAGAUCACAAGGAAGAAGCAGAGAGCAGACAGCAGGAUGCUGAAACUGAAGCUAAUUUUGCACAUGAGCAUGACCUUUCUGAGCGCAGAGUGGCAGGAGUUCCAGUCCAGCAUUCCCACAGGAGCCCUGCCCUGGGAAGGAGUGCUUUGGUUCCUUUCAGGCACCAGAGCUUCUUUGCCCAAGUGCACCAAGCCCUGGAGAAAGACAGCCUGAGCAUCAGAUCAGCCCUUGGUGUGCAGAGGGCACACAGCCCCACCAACCCUGCGAGAUCCACACAUCUCCCAAACCUUCUGAAAGACAAGAGCAUCACAAAAUCAGUCCUUAGUGGUGCAUCUCAGGAGAGGUGGAAAGAGCUGGACUUCAACAGAGCCAAGAUUGAGCACAAAAGGUGGCAAGAGGAACAGAGGCAGCUGAAGAGAAAGCAGCAGCAAGAGGCAGAGGGCACCCGCCGGCAGCAGCACAGGGACAGCCAGAGGCAGCGAUUGCAUCAGAGAACAUUGCAAGAGCUGGAGAAACAGCUGGAGCACAAAGAGAGAGCUUUGCAGCACGUGGCACUGCUCCAGGCUGCUGGGGCUGAGAGGAGCAGGAAGGAAUCCUCCUUUCGAGAGGAGGAGGAGAGGAAGGCAAAGCAGAGGCUUCAGUUCUUAAAGACACAGCGUUUGAGGAGAGAGGAGCUGCAGGCAGAAAGCAACAAAAGGAGCUGUGAACAGGAGAAAGAAAGGCUGGAGCUUCUGAGGAGCAGAGUGCAGUCACGGCAGGAAGUGCUGGAACAAGAAUCCCAGUGGCAGGACAAACAGCAAAACCAGCACCAGGCUGCCAAAGUGAGAAUGUUCCAGAGGAGAGAGAGUUCUCGUCUGAAGAUGGAAAAAGAAGGCCAAAGACUCCGUGCCCUCCAGCAGUACCUCAGGGAACAGAACCUGCUGCUGCUCCGGGCAUCCCUGCUCGCCUGAGGAGCUGCACAGCGGUGAGCAGGGCCUGGAGCCCUCCACAGACCUGCUAGUUAAGAGUCCAAAUUAUUUCACCAUUCUGGUAUGGAAGCCAUUCCACAUGAGUAAUCAUCCUAUCUGCCUUCCUCUGCACCUCUUCUAGUUCUGCUACAGCCCUGAAAUGGAGGGUCCUGGACAGCAAGGGACUAGAACUGCAGAGUACUCAAGAAAGAGGUAUUCGUUUUACUUACAGACAUAAUGUUGUUUCUUCAAUUUCUUUCUAGUCCUAAAAUUUGAAACCUAUCUUAGCAUAAAACUAUUCUGGUUCCAACAUUGCCUUUCUGAGUGGUAAAGCUAUUUCAGAGCCUGUCAUACUACCUGGAGCAGAACAGGAGGUUCACUAUUGCCCCAGCACAAUGCUGCAGUCAGCAGCAGCAGCGUUUCAUCUCACACGCGCUGCCCACACACUCAGCACUGCCAGGAGCUUUGCAGCUCUUCCCUGCUGGUUCUCAUGGCUCCUCACAAGACACUUGUACCACCCUCUUAACCCUCCAGAUUAUCUGGGAUUAUUUCAGCUACAGAAGAACUAGAUAGCCAGAAGCUGAAUCCAGUUUGUUGUCUUUUCUCCAGAUACAGUUCUCCCAAAAAAGGCAAUUUCAGAGGAGUUGAUAAGUGAAGAAACCAGCUCAUUGUUUUCCCUCUGAGUCACAUCCACAAUCUCUGCAGAGCACAUGACAUUUGCUAAUGAUGGUGCACUUUAAGGUACCUGGGCAAUAUGUGGGUAUUUGUUGAAUGGAUCAGUGGGUGUCAGGGCCCAAGCAGGAGCGUGUCCAGCCCAGGCCUUCCCCAGACCAGGUACAGGUAGGAAGCAAAUGGGUUCUCUCUUCAGUCACACUGUCUUAUUACCCAGACUGAAGAGCUUCUGCAGGAAAGCAACCUUCACUUGCAGCCCCAGCCAAGU